AUGCCGCCAACGCCGCCGCAUGCCGCCAACGUCGCCGCCACCUCCAGUGCAGUGCAGCUCCGCAUCCGUUGCUGCCCAGUCAUUCCCGAACCCCUGGAAGAGGCUGCAGCAUGCCUUGUCACUGCACAACUGCUCCACGACCCACGAUUAGCAGGUUUGUCAAUUACAACCACCGCACAAACGUUUGACAUGGCAACUUUGGAAGAAAUCAAAGCUCUCUUCGAGGAGCAGAAGACAAACUUGACCCAGCAGAUCGAGAGCCUCAGGACUGAUGUCAGCAAGAAGCUCGAUGAUGUCGACGCCAAAACCAGCUUUAUGGUCGAAGCCCGCAUGCGUGCCUCGCUAGCCAAGAGGUUUGGCGAAGAUUACGCCUGCCAGCAAUUUGUCGAGCCUCGUUGCGGAACAAUCACCGCACGAUGGGAGUGACGUUCCGCUGCAAACCGCAAGCACCAAGGAUAUCGACGGAAGAAGUUGCCAAACCCGCCACGAGCUGGCCAUGUUUCAACAAAGUGUGAAACUAUGAAGGCACAGGACUGGGCUAUGCACACGCAAACUGCGACAGUGCUUGAGCGGCAAUUUUGUUGUUCUUUGACACGCGAUGUUGUAGCCUGUUGAAUA